GAAUGGAUUAACGAAAUGUUGAAUAUUGAAAUUUAGUUGCUGUUACAUCUUCAUAUCGUUAGCGCUUAAUUUCUCAAACUGAUCAGAAGGGCAUACAUUAUACAAUUAAAAUGAUACCAAAAUUUAAACGUCCGUCCAACAUUCCCUUCCCGACCGUCUGGUACCGAUUCCAACUGAAGGAUCCAUACAGUGAAACGUUAGUGAACUAUCGUAUAGAAGACCUAACACCAAAUCGUUACGAGGAUGCAAUUAAACACUUGGUAGCACACUUUCUUCCCGACGAAACAAUAUGCGAAUCUCGCAAUUUAUCAAGGAAUCUACAGGCGAUAGCCGACUUUCAGGACAUUGUUCGCACAACCAUAAUGGAUCAUAAAUUGACAAUUGGUUGCUAUCGUGAAGGAUCAGACGAGAUAAUCGGAGUUAAUGUGUUGUUUGUUAAACAAAGAGAUGAGAUUGGUGACUGGAAUCAUUACAAUUCACCAAAAGUGCGAGAUAUUGAAACAACACAUCUGUAUGUUUGCGGUCAGUUUGAUGUCUUUCGACACUACAAAACCAGGCGGUGUUUAACUGGCUUUGCGUUGUCCGUAUUACCACAGUAUCGAGAAAUAGGAAUCGGACAAAAAAUGUUGGAGGCAAACAAAUACAUUGCAAGGAUGUUGGGAAUAAAUUUGAUCAGUUUGCUCCUUACAUCAGACGUAGCACAGCGGUGUGCCGAACGUGCUGGAUACGAGAAAAGCUAUGAGAUAACUUUCGCUAAAUUGGCAUGUAAGGGAGCAACAUUUACUUAUCCGAAUGUUACCAGUUCCAGUGUGUCGGUGCAUAGUUUAAAUCUUUUAAAUUAAGAAAAAUAAAUUUGGUGAAAAAGUUGUCUUAAAAUAAAUUUUUAAUCGCUUUGAAUUACAAUAUAUAUUUGGCUUGCUAUUUGUCUAGGGAUACUAUAGUCCCACAUAUAACGUGCUACAUUUUAAUUUUGAUUACAAACACACAAUUGGGGGAGCUAGCCUACCCGAAGUUUUCAAGGAGAGAAAAUGCAGAAUAUAUGAGGCUUUUCUAUUUCGAGAUAAGGACAGAAACUGUUGACCAUGAAGUGAAAAAUGGAAACUGACAGGGAAAAUGGUAAUAUUUGCCCAACAAAUAUCAAUAUCACAAAAUAAAAGCAGGUGCUGCAGCAGAAAACAGCCUGUGAGAAAGAAAAAUGUUUAAAGAAAUGAUCUGUAAAAGUGACCAUUUUAUUGUAUUUGCGACGGAUACAAUGGACCGUUGGUGUUCAGAAGGAAAGCAUCUGAUUGAAAAACUUGGUUCAAUGCUCAAUAAAAUGGCAGUAGAUAACUAGGUCCCACCGGUAAGGGUGGGUCAGAUCCCUUGACUGUUGUGUAAAUUAUUUAAAAUUUAAAUGAUUUAAUUAAAUGCGUUCAUAUUCGGACAAGUUUUAGUUUUCUUU